AUGUCACAAACGACAAGCUCAGUGGCCUCGAUUCACGAGGAGAAAGCACGACUGCCUCAUACCGACGUCGAACAGCCCGCGGUAUCACUCGACGAAAAGCAACCAGAUACGACCGAGCCUCCCGCGGUCGUGAGUCCAUUCCAUCCAAGUCAGUUUCCUGAUGGCGGAAGGGAUGCAUACCUGUGUCUCCUCGGAGGCUUCUGCUGUCUGUUCUGCUCAUUCGGAUGGCUGAACGCCGUUGGAGUGUUCCAGAGCUACUACCAGCGGAACCAACUCAGUGACUACUCGCCUUCUACCAUCGCCUGGAUAGCCUCUCUCGAGAUCUUCGUCAUGUUCGCGCCUGGACCUAUCGUCGGAUUCAUCUAUGACAACUACGGCCCCAGAUACAUACUGCUAUUUGGCACCUUCUUCCAUGUCUUUGGUCUUAUGAUGACGAGCCUCUGCACCGAGUACUGGCAGUUUGUUCUCGCACAAGGAAUUUGUAGCCCCCUAGGCUUGAACUGCAUCUUCCAGGCGGGAACUAGCACCAUCCCUACUUGGUUUUUCAAGAAGAGAGGGCUGGCGUACGGAGUCAUGGCUGCUGGCAGCGGACUAGGCGGUAUCAUCUUCCCCAUCAUGGCAACGCACCUCAUCCCCCAAAUUGGCUAUGGCUGGACCAUGAGGACAUUGGCGUUCCUCAUCCUCGGUAUGAUGGGUAUCGCAUUCGUCACUGUCAAAUCUCGUCUACCACCGAGGCCUAGAAAAUUGGAGCUCUGGGUGUUUCUAGAGCCCUUCAAGGAUACUCGCUUCAUCCUACUGACCAUUGCGUCAUUCAUGUUCUUCAUGGGGAUGUUUAUCCCCAUCAAUUUUAUUGAGGUUGAAGCCAUGUCGGAUGGAAUGUCAACUCGCUUAGCGGGAUACCUCCUGGCUGUCCUCAACGCCGCAAGCAUCUUCGGCCGUAUUAUCCCCGGUGCUCUCGCAGACAAGGUCGGCAAAUUCAACAUGCAAUCAUUGUGGUGUCUGGUAGCCAGCAUCCUCGUCCUCGCAUUGGCUCUCCCCGCAUCUAGCAAUGCGGCAUACAUCACAUUCGCUGCUCUCUACGGUUUCGCUUCGGGUGCUUUCGUCUCACUGUUGCCGGCCCAGAUAGCACACAUCUCCAAGGUCGAUCAGAUUGGAAUACGCGUUGGUGUUGUAUUUGCAUGCAUAUCGUUUGCGGGCUUGGCCGGUAAUCCGAUUGCGGGAGCUAUUGUCGAUCAAAAUAAUGGAAAGUACUGGGGGCUGAACGUCUUUUCAGGUGCCAUGCUCAUGGCAGGGUCGGGCCAUCUAUGCACUACCAAGUGGGUCAAUGGAUACAACCCAAAUAUUCAUCGCAAAUACCCCAGAAAGCCCUCGGGAGCUAGUGGAAGCGAUACGUCUUCGUCUAUUCCUUCUCCCGAUGUAGACUCUCAGGCGCUGCUACCCUUGGUUCCUCAUGCUGCACCCACGACCGAGGCUCGAUCGAGUCAAGGCCAGCCCCUUGCAGAUUCAGCAUGGCGAAGCAGCUUGCCUGGGAUUAGCAUCGGUGCAAUACUGAAGGAAAAGGAUGCAGAUGCGAACCAAACUCUUUUCGACAAAAGUUUUUCUCACGCCAGAUCGAAAGGACUAGCGCGAGAUGCAGCGAACGGAUCAAGCCCCCUUGCGGGUUGCUACUCCAACGCAGCGAGAAUAGUGGAGACACAGUAUCUACAGUCCAUCUUACCGUCGAAAGACAAGCUAAUGCUGAUUGUGGAUUACUACGCGGAGUACAUGAUAUACUGGAUUGGUGGCAUCUUCCAUGCGCCAAGCUUCAGAAGAAAACUGCUCGUGGCCUAUGGUCAGUCGUCUGAGCUCGAUCUGCAGAGUCUCGAUUGGAAAUGGACUGCACUCUUAUUUGCUAUCCUCUCAUCGAGUAUAAUUGGCUCUGCAGAAGGUGUUUCAGCCUCCUGGGGCUACUCACUCGACGACAAAGUCCAGCUAGCACGUGUAUGGGGUGCCGCAUCGAUCUCAUGUCUGAAUCUUGGCAACUACACGUCGCAAUAUAGCAUUCACUCGGUGCAGACGAUAUAUAUCAUGCACGCGUACGAACAUCUCGUCGGCUCAACGAACCAAUGGAUUGCUUUGCGAAGCGUCUGCGUUGUCAUUGCGAAGGGUUUGGGUUUGCACAGACUUGGCCCGCAUCCAGACGAUGAGCGAAUAACCGAACUAACUCCAGAUCAGAAGGAAGCCUUUAUUGAGCGUGAGAUUGGUCGCAGGGUGUGGUACGGGGUUGUGUCGCAAGAGUGGUUGUGUUGCACUUCGCAGGCUGCCUAUACGCUGACCCUCCAAUGGCGACAUUUUACGAGCGCAAGGCCACGCACGUUGGACGAGGAGACCAUGACGCCGCUCUCCAAUCCAGCAACCCCGACAGUCACCGCCGUCGGGCAUUACUUCUUCGACUACGCUGCGGUACUCCUUGACGUUCAUAACACUAUGGUGGAGCUUUUAGAUAAAGACGACGCUACCAAGUAUGCUGCGAUACUCAAACAUGAUGGUGAGAUGCGUGCUACAUGUACGGAGAAGGUGCCAGCAUGCCUCUCACCCCGGACGCCGUACGAUCCCAGUUGGCCUCAGUGGGUGACUUGGGCGAGGAGACUGCAUCAAGCGUCCGUCAACCAUAAGAUUGUCAUGAUUCACCAAAACUUCUUGAGCAAGAGUUUCAAGGAUUCACGCUAUACAUACAGCAGGUGGGCCUGUAUGACCGCCGCACAGAACAUUAUCAACAUAUACAACGCCCGGGAUGCCAACGAGCCGCAGUGGUGGGUCGAGCAAGCUUUUGUCGUCACGGCUGGUAUUUGCAUGAUAUUGGAGCUCUUUCACCGCGCUGAGGCGGAUGGGGAAGCUCAAGAGUACCAACUGUACGUGAAGAAGGCCGUCAGGUUCUUACAACUGUUCUGCACAUCGAGUGUUGCAGUACACGGUGUCCGUCUUCUCAUGUCGCUCUUGCAAGAGUAUGAGAAGCUGAAAGAAGCAUCAAGCACGAAGACCGCAGCAUCGAUGGAGACUUCAGCCUCACGGCCCUGUGCUUGUGUUUCCGACAACAUUGAGGACAUCUCGAUCACGGACGCGGCCCGAGGAACUCAUGCGUUCCCUGUGGUACCUGACAUACAAUUGCCAUUCGACGAUGCUUUCAAUUUUGAUAUCGAUGCACUAGGCUUCGAUGAUUUGAUGGACUACCUCCCGAGUGUAGAAGGCUCGUUGGAUAAUAACGUCUUCCAUGCUAGCAUGUUGUCAGCUAACGGAUGGCCGACGUGGUACUCUUCCCUCGUCAAACAUGGCUUUUGGUUCAAGUCUGUCAACAACGCCACCAUGUCUCAAGAUUCCGAUCUCCAUACGACGCUCGUGCUCGACGCAUUGAGUAAUGGCCUAAACAUAUCCAUGGCAGAGCUCCUCGGAAUCCUAGGUCGACAAGCCCCGAUCUCGAACCUUCUCCUAGAGCCCAUUCUCAAAUUACAGCAGCUUGCCGCGACCACGACGCUGCUUGCUGUACCGAGCAUCCAUUCACAAAAGAAGGCGGCACUGGGGCCCAUCGCAGGAGAAACGGAAGAGGAACGCAAAGACCGGAAGAAGUUUCUAAUCACGUACUGGAUCGCUUUGGGUCUUGCUUGCCUGAUCGCUGUAUCUGCAGUCUGGACCAAAGUGCACAUGGCGGCACACAAGGGCCAGAAAAAGUUCGAGACGAAGAAGAAGCCCCAGUCGGACGUUGAGAAAUGGCAUUUGCGGCGUCAGAGGGAGCGCGAGGCAUCAUUGCAGAUGGGACAGGUCGAUGAUCAGGCUCCAGGCGCAUAA